CUACAAACCCCUUUUUAAAAUUUAGCUUAAGAAAAAUGGCCCUCCUAAUGGAUAACCUUCUUCUGCUCAUGAACACCACCACACCCAGCCCUCCACCUCGUCGUCCUCCACAUCACAGCCCCGGCCGCGCUCUCAUCCGGAGCUGCAAGGCCCUGCGCUGCACCACGAGACCAGCUCGCUCUGUCGACGCCGCCGGCCGCCAUGCUCCCGCUCGCCACAAUGUCCGCGCCGAGCUCGCUUCUCCUGCGGCCCGCCGCGCGCCAGCGGACGGGGGGAGAACCAGGACAAAGCUGGGGAGAACAAUCUAUCUCGGGUUCGCAGUCCCGGAGGAAUAUGCUCAGCAACUCCAUCUGUGUGAAAGCAAACAUAACGUGCUGUGCUAACCAGACGCAAACCGCGAAGCGCAAAUCGUUCUCAGGGCCCACCUCUCCACCGUCGGGUUCAGUUAAAGAGAAGGUGAAGCCGAGGCUCGACGACGGGGGUGUCGGGUUCCCGCCGUUUCGGUUCGGCGGAGGAGGCGGUGGCGGUGGCGGCGGCGGCAGCAGCUCCUCCGGUGGGUUCAUCCUCUUCGUGAUCGUUUUGCUCCUGGACUACCUGAGGGAGUUCGAGAGGAACCUACAGAAUGGGCCGCGGCGGGGCAGCGACUAUGACAGCGGGCUGGCGCCGCAGUAGCUCCAUUUUAGUAGCUCGUUUCGCGGACAGUCCGGUGAUGGCCGGUGGUUCAUGUAAGCCCCUUGCUAAGCAGUGUUAUCAGAUUAGAAUUUGCUCGUGAGAAAUGAAAUGAGGAGUAGCAACUUUGGCCGUUGGA